AUGUCCAGUACUAGACCAGAUCUUAAGUUUGCUGACACGGGAGACGAAAGACAAUAUUACAGAAAAUAUAGUAAUCUUCCUCCUAAAGAAUCAACCACUAUUCGUAUAAUUGAUCAUAAUAAUAAAGACUAUUUCACUGCCCUUGAUGAAGACGCUGACUUGAUUGCAGAUAAUAUUUAUAAGACACAAUCGGUAGUUAAAUAUAACCAGACACACAAGAAUAAGUAUGUGACUAUUUCUCCUCAAGUUUUCACUAAUAAUGUGUUGAGGUUUUGCUUGAUCGAUAAUAAUUAUAAGGUGGAGAUUUAUAACAGUAAGACUUUCCAGAUAGUCACGAUGGCUACGCCUGGAAACUUAGAAAACUUAUCGAACGAAUAUGGGAUUAAUUUGGAGAACAUGAUAAAGGAUUUCUCAUCGCCAAUGAUAGCGGGGAUCAAGUAUCAACAAGUAGGGUCACUGAAAAAGAUUGGGAUAUGUUUGAUUGAUUUGCUGAAUAAUAACAUACAGGUAUCUGAGUUUGACGAUAACGAUCUUUUUUCGAACUUGGAGAGUUUGUUGUUGCAGUUGGGGGUUAAGGAGGUUAUAUUGCCCUCAAAUUACGACCCACAAGACGAGAAUAAUGAGGUUAUUAAGUUGUAUCAAGUGUUAGACAAGAUUGGAGGAAUCGUGAUAAGUUCUGUGAAAUCUUCAUUGUUUACUAAUAAAGAUAUUGAACAGGACUUAGGAAAGUUUAUAACAACUACCAACGAGGCAAAUAAUAUCGAAGUUGUGUUAGGCUCAAAGGGUAUUAGCUCAAUUGAAUAUUCCUUAUCCUUCUCCUGUUGUAAUGCAUUGUUGCAUUAUUUGGACUUAUUCACCCAAGAAUCGCCUAAUUUCACUAUCGAUAAGUACAACUUAUCUUCAUUUAUGAAAUUAGAUCUGUCAACUAUGAAAGCAUUGAAUAUUUUCCCAACACAAUCGAGCAGUUCCAACAAUUUGAUAACCAAAUCGUCUAAUGUCACGUCAAUAUUUGAACUUUUGAAUAAGUGCAAGACUUCAGUUGGUUCGAGAUUAUUGUCGCAGUGGUUGAAACAGCCAUUAACAAAUUUAGUUGAGAUCAAUGAAAGACAUCUUUUAGUUAAUCACCUUAUGGAAGACACUAAUCUCAGAGUGUUUCUUUCCCAAGAUUGGCUACCCCAAAUUCCUGAUGUUAAAAGAUUGCUAAAGAAAAUAUCGAACGGUAUAAAGAAAACUGUCGGAAACGAAAAUAAAAAACUAGAAGACGUGAUUAGACUCUAUCAAUUGGUGCUUGUAUUACCUCAAUUAAUUGAUCACUUAUCCAAUAUCGUUGGUGAAGAAAACAAUGGUGAUGAUGUAAAAUUGUUAAUAAAGAAGUAUUGGUUAGACCCUGUCUCCAAGAAUUAUGAAUCUUUGAUAAAAUACCAGGAGCUAGUGGAAACUACUAUAGAUUUAUCGCCUUUGGAAUCGUCAUCGGCGCAUGAUUUGUUGAAUACAGAUUUUAAUAUAAAGCCUGAGUUUGAUGAAUCCUUGAUUGCAAUUAAUGACAAUUUACAAGCUACAUUGUCAAACAUCAAGAACUGUCACAUAGAAGUUAGUGAAGAUUUGGGUAUUGAACUAGAAAAAAAACUAAAAUUAGAAAAACACCAACAACAUGGGUGGUGUUUUAGAGUAACUAGGAAUGAUUCAUCUGUAUUACGGAAUACAGGAAAUAACUAUAUUGAAUUACAAACGGUUAAAGCGGGUGUAUUUUUCACAUCGAAAAGCUUAAGAUCGUUAUCGGAAAAGUAUCAAGAAUUUUCGGGCGAAUAUAAUUCGAAACAAAGAGAAUUAAUAAAAGAAAUAUUAUCAAUCACGUCUACAUAUCAACUGGUAUUCACAUCAUUGUCUUUGACUUUGGGUCAUUUAGACGUAUUAGCUAGUUUUGCAAAUGUGGCUAUCUUCGCUCCUAUUCCAUAUGUCAAACCGAUGUUACAUCCUCUUAGUAGCUCAAUUGAAUCAGAUGAACAUAAACAAAGGAAAAUCAAAUUAGAAGAAGCCAGACACCCUGUGUUGGAAGUUCAAGAUGAUAUUAACUUUAUUGCGAAUGAUGUCUAUUUAUCAACACCAAAUGCAGAAGCUGAUUCUAAAGGCAAACCUUUUGUCAUUAUAACUGGUCCAAAUAUGGGUGGUAAAUCAACCUAUAUUAGACAAGUGGGGGUUAUUGCAUUAAUGAGCCAGGUUGGAUCGUUUGUACCAGCUAGUGAAGAUUCUUCUGCUCCUGAAAUUCCAAUAUUUGAUGCUAUUUUAUCAAGAGUAGGUGCUGGCGAUUCACAAUUAAAAGGAUUAUCUACUUUCAUGAUCGAAAUGCUAGAAACAUCGUCGAUCUUAGCAACUGCUACUCACAAUUCAUUAAUUAUAGUUGAUGAGUUGGGUAGAGGUACUAGUACAUAUGACGGGUUUGGUUUAGCUUGGUCAAUCCUGGAACAUUUGAUAAGUGAAAAGCACUGCUUUACAUUAUUUGCUACUCAUUUCCACGAGUUGACUGAGUUAGCUACAAAAUAUAAUGACAAAGUUAGUAACUUACAUGUUGUUGCACAUGUUGAAAAAAAUGAUGAGCAAAAUGACGAAAAUGAAGAUGAUAUCACGUUGAUGUACAAGGUUGAGCCAGGCAUUUCUGAUAAGUCGUUUGGUAUACAUGUUGCCGAAUUAGUCAAAUUCCCAAACAAAAUUGUCAAUAUGGCAAAGAGAAAGGCUUCAGAGUUACAAAACUCUAAUUCUAUUGACGAAGAUCAGUAUAUCCAGAACAAACGAACCAAAUGCUCAGGCGAUGAGAUUACCAGCGGUAUCAAUAACUUGAAAGAAAUCCUAAAGAAAUGGAAAACCAUAUGUUACGACUCUGAUUCCAAAUGUAGUGUUGAAUCUGAAGAAGCAGUACAAAUUCUUAAGAAGUUAGUGAAUGAAGACUAUGCUGGAACUAUUCAGAGCGACAAAUACAUAAAUGAGGUACUUAGUAUGUUGUGA